UGCUUGGCUUGCAAGAUGUGGGGGAUAUCUCCGAUUGCGAAAGUUUCGGCGCCCGAGCACGAGACACGACGUCUCACAUGGGGAAAAGACUCAUUGUGACGAAUAAUGGUUUGCUUGGAACAGCUCCGCGGGAGGCGAGAAAGGGAGACUUGGUCUGCGUACUUCUUGGUUGCGGCAUCCCGUUAGUAUUGCGGUCAGUUAAUCAAGAAAAGGGCACAUUUGAGCUUGUGGGAGAGUGCUAUAUCGACGGGUAUAUGAGAGGCGAAGUCUUGGUUGAUUUGUUAUACGGAGGAUACAAGAUGAAAGAUAUCCUCCUUAUAUAGAAUAUAUAAGAAAUAUU